AGUUAAGGGGCAGAGAGCCUCCCCUCCCUGCUGCUCUAUAAAAGAGACCUAAGGGAGGGACCCUACUGCCUUCUAGCACUCAGUCUGGGCAAAGGUGCGGGAAGAAAAGCCCAGGAUCUCGGGAGCAGAGUGCAUAAGCUGCAAGGCCAAGCAUGCCACCUAACUUCAAGCUCCAGUGUCACUUCAUUCUGAUCUUCCUGAUGGCUCUAAGAGGAGAGAGCCGGUACCUAGAGCUGCAAGAAACCGCGGAAUAUGACCCUUUCCUACUCUUCAGCACCAACCUGAAGCGGGACCUGGCUGGGGAGCAGCCUUACCACCGUGCUCUGCGGUGCCUGGACAUGCUGAGCCUCCCGGGUCAGUUCACCUUCACCGCCGACAGGCCGCAGCUGCAUUGCGCCGCGUUUUUCAUCGCUGAGCCGGAGGAGUUCAUCAACAUCCACUAUGACCUGGUCUCCAUCGACUGUGAGGGCGGGGACUUCCUAAAGGUAUUUGAUGGUUGGAUCCUUAAGGGGGAGAAAUUCCCCAGCUCCGAGGAUCAUCCUCUCCCCACCACUGAGCGGUACAUAGAUUUCUGUGAGAGUGGUCUUAGCCGAAGGAGCAUCAGAUCCUCCCAGAAUGUGGCCAUGAUCUUCUUCAGGGUCCAUGAACCAGGAAAUGGUUUCACACUAACCAUAAAGACAGACCCCAACCUCUUUCCUUGCAAUGUCAUCUCUCAGACUCCAAAUGGAAGAUUCACCCUGGUAGUUCCACACCAGCAUCGAAACUGCAGCUUCUCCAUAAUUUAUCCAGUAGUGAUCAAAAUAUCUGAUCUUACUCUGGGACGCUUACAUGGUGUUCAGUCAAAGAAACCCCCUGCAGGUUGUGGGGGAAUAGGAGACUUUGUGGAAUUGCUGGGUGGAACUGGAUUGGACCCUUCCAAGAUGAUGCCUUUAGCUGAUCUUUGCUACCCCUUUCAUGGCACUGCCCAAGUGAAAAUUGGCUGUGACAACACUGUGGUGCGCAUGGUCUCCAGUGGAAAACAAGUAAAUCGUGUGACGUUUGAGUAUCGUCAACUAGAACCAUUUGAACUGGAAAACCAAAAUGGAAAUAGCAUCCCAGAAUUCUGUUUGUCCAAUCUUUGAAUAACCAGCUCAGUGAUUUCCAUGCUGCUAGCUAAGUGAGUUCUUCAUGGCUAUUGCAUGUCAUUUUGAUGACCAGACAGGGAAAAGCCUUUCAAGCCAGUCGGUAUUCCUUCCAGGCCAUGAACAUAUAUAUGGACAUUCAUUUUUGUACUUUGCUUCCUUUUUGUUUGUAAUAUCUCAAUGAACACAUGGUAGAAAAUCAACCCUGCUUGG